AUGGCGACUCUUAGAGUACCAGAUGUGGUUCCUUCUCCAGUGGAAGAUGCUGAACAACUUAAGAAAGCUUUUGAAGAUCUUUUACUGAUCACAUCUUCUAAGACUCAGACUAAAUUAACGCAAUCAUUGGAGCAAAUGAAAUUUGACAAUUUGGUGUUUUCUUUGGAGCAAAUGAAAUUUGAUCAUUUGGUGUUUGACAUGACUUUGUUUUCUGAUGUGGCUGAUCAUCUAAAUUUGAGUUUCACUAUUGACUAA